AUGCAGCCAAAUGAGGGUGAACGAGUACGUUCCUUACCGUUUCCGAAUUCUACCCGAGUCUACAAACUACGUGGCAAGGACACUGGUGGACUGUUUACCAUGAUGGAAGGACAUAUUCUUGUUGGUGAAGGGCCCCAGUUGCAUAUUCAUCAUCGUGAGGAUGAAACUUUUCGUGUGAUGGAAGGUGAAUUACAGUUUAUUAUUGAUAAUGAAACAUUUUGUGCUAGAGCUGGUACAAUAAUUCAUGCACCACGUGAAGUUAAAAUGUCGUUUACAAAUGUCAAUUCACCUAACGCUUAUUUACAAAUUAUAUUUACACCAUCCGGCAUUGAAAAUUAUUUUGCAAAAGUAAAUAAAGUAUACAAUGUAGAACCGAUUAAUCACACAAGAGCAGAUGAAAUAGCAAAAGAAUUUGGUAUGGAUAUGUUAGGAAUGCCUCAGUGGGAAGAUCUCGGAUGUGAUGCUAACGGGACGUUGAACAAUUGA